AUGAAACACUAUCAUGUUGCCUACAAACAUCAAAAUCAAGCUACCAUUAUCAACGCUGUACGCCAAAAGUUCUGGAUAAUUGGUGCCAAGCCAUUUUUGAAAUCAGUCCAACGCAAUUGUAUGGAAUGCCGCCUUGAAGCCGCCAAGCCAGCGCCACCGUUAAUGGGUCAGCUCCCAGUCGACCGUAUAACGUCGUAUGUACGACCGUUCUCAUACACAGGUGUUGACCUGUUUGGACCAUUACAUGUUAAUAUUGGUCGUCGCCGUGAGAAGCGCUGGGCUGUCAUAUUCACAUGCUUAACAGUACGUGCUGUACAUAUAGACAUCGUCGAUAGCUUAUCAACUGAUGCGUUCCUAGUAUGUUUCCGCAGUUUUAUUAACCGUCGUGGUACGCCAGUCAGAAUGUGUAGUGACAAUGGCACCAACUUUAUUGGGGCACAAAGAGAAUUAUGUGUUGAUAAAAGGUUUCUUGAUGUUAAUGAUAUACGUGAGGAAGCCACUCAACUUAGAAUUGAAUGGAUAUUCAAUUGUCCGCAGAAUCCCAGUGCAGAUGGUUGCUGGGAGCGCCUUAUAAGAAUGAUCAAACGUCUAUUAUUCAAGUCAAUCAGAGAAGAAGCACCGAAAGUGGAAACGUUAUGGGCAGCACUAAUUGAAGCUGAAAACAUCAUUAACAGCCGACCGCUUACAGACAUUCCUUUGACGCACAGCGAGCAGGAGCCACUCACACCAAAUCAUUUCUUGUUAGGCUGUGCCAAUAGUACACAGACACACUAUAAUGAUGCCAUACCUAUCAGCCUCGGUAAACAGUGGCAUAUCCUCCAAGAUAUAAACAGCCGUUUGUGGAAACCAUGGACUACGGAGUUCUUGCCUCAACUUUUUCGACGCCCUAAAUGGUGUAAGGAGGUGGUGCCCCUCAAGGUUGGAUAUUUUGUGAUCGUUUGUGACAAUCUGCUACCAAGAGGUCAAUGGCUCAAGGGUCGAAUUGUUGAAGUGUUUCCGUCCAAGACCGGUCAGGUUAGAUCAGCCCGCGUACAGACCAAGAAUGGUAUCCUAACUCGUCCAGCCACCAAGCCAGCCGCUUGUCAGAUUAGUGAAUCUUGCGAAGAUUCACAGGACGGCGGAAUGUAA